ACAUGUCCCAUUUACCGGUUGUACAGCUCCACAAUCGAGAUUCAAGACGAAGCUCAAACUCCACUACGGCGACGGAGGCUACAGCUUUCCGGUGGCGGUUCUGCCUACCCGUUUACGAUUAGUUUUGAAGACCUAUUUCUAGGGGAGGCAAACUCGAGGAAUUGGUGUGGUUCUGCUAUACUCACAGACUCAAUUUCUUCAGUUUUAAGAUAGUGGAGAAAUGGACGCAAAACUUGCACACAGCUGGCAAUUCUCAACAUGGAUUGAUUUGGAGAAGAUGGUGAAGAAGCCAAGUGGUUCCCUCCAGUUUUCUCAAAGAUAUGGGGAGAAAAAGCGGCUUCAAUUUCUUAUUUCUAGUCAUUUGCAACCUACAAGAACUGCCACUUGGCAUAGACCUGUAGAGCUGAAGGUCUCAUGUUCUUAUAGGGACUUUCCUGGUUUAACAUUGCAGUCUGGAAGUUUUCCUGCUUCUUUUGAUGAAGCUACUGCCUUAAAGAAUAAAUCAGAAGAGAUUGAGCCAUAUCUAAAUGGACGGUGUAUAUAUCUUGUUGGAAUGAUGGGAUCUGGGAAGACAACUGUUGGCAAGAUUUUGUCUGAAGCACUUGGUUAUUCAUUUUUUGAUAGUGACAAAUUGAUAGAGCAGGCAGUAGGGGGUACCUCUGUGGCUGAAAUCUUUCAGCUGUAUGGUGAGAGCUUCUUCAGAGAUAAUGAGACAGAGGUAUUGCAGAAGCUAUCUUUGAUGCACCGUCUAGUUGUUUCCACUGGUGGAGGUGCAGUUAUUCGGCCUAUCAAUUGGAAACACAUGCGAAAGGGGAUUAGUGUCUGGUUAGAUGUACCAUUGGAAGCCUUGGCAAGGAGAAUUGCAGCUGUAGGAACAGAAUCUCGGCCCCUUUUACAUGAAGAAUCUGGUGAUGCUUUUGCCAAGGCUUUCGCACGGUUGUCUACUCUUCUGGAAGAGAGGUUUGAAGAAUAUGCAAAUGCCAAUGCUAGGGUUUCCUUGGAAGAGAUUGCAGCCAAGCUAGGUUACAUGGAUGUAUGCAACAUAACACCUACAGUUAUUGCAAUUGAGGCACUAGAACAAAUCAAGAGCUUCCUGAAGUUGAAGUAAUAGGAAAUUCAGUGUCCAAAGGACACCACAUCCAUGGGGCUAUUCUUGUUUUCGUUAGCGCCUAGUAGUAUCAAGAUUACACUUGGUUUCGACCAGUUGGGAUUUUCAAUCGACUAAGCAGGGCCGGGCGGGGCAAACAGAACUCGGCAAGUCCUGUGGUUCGAAUUUUUAAGGAAGGCAUGACAUGUAUCAUUCUGACAAAAUGUUGUGCGGUUAUUGUUUGAUUAUGCUUAAAGACGUGGCAGUUGUAAAUAAGGGUGAUAUAAUUGUGCAUUCUGAACCAUCGCAUUACCAAUUCAUUAGGUUCUUCUAUACGUAGCUGCUGUUUGUAUGCAUUGUUGCUAA